UCUGGCUUUACGUUUAUGGUCACAAACGACGAAAUCCGUUUUACAGAAAUAAGGACAAAGUACACAUACCAAUCACGGUGUCAGACAUUCCAAGAACAAGAUGGAGAAAUGGUGUUUAAAUUGAAGAAUGAUUAUUGUUUUAUUGACCGAAAAUGCAUUGAUGAAGGAGAGACUGCUCAAAAUGAUACUUGUCGGAUAUGCAGUCCAAAAAUUCAUCAAUACCAAUGGAGCCAAAGAAAGUCAUGUCGUAACACUACAGAUGAUAUUUAUCCACACGAAUUUAACUCUAAGAAAAAAUACUAUUACCUUUACACGAUAACAGCUAUUGGACCUGCAUCCAUUAUAAUUAUCCUAAUUAAAAGAAGAAGGUCCCAAAAUGACACCAUGUUGGGCAUUUCAUACAAGAAGAUGCUGGAAGAAAAAAGGAGAAGAGAAAGAUCAGUUACAAACGAAAACCAGAAGCAACCUCCAGCGACUGCUACCUACGAAACAAUACCAGAAGAGAGAAAUGGGUCUGAAGAAAACCAAAACCAAGGACAUCAAAGACUAGAGACGGGAAGGUCUAUUAAAAGUGAUACAUGUCAAAAAGAGUGUACCUAUGAAACAAUACCUGAAGAAAGAAAUUGCAUUACACAAACCCAGAACCAAUGUCUUAAUAAUGGGGAGACAAAAACACCAAUCACUAAUGGAGUAAGCCAAAACCAGUCAUCAACUGCUACUAUCUACGAGACCAUACCGGAAGAAAGAAAUCGCACUCCAGAAAACAGGUCCAAUUGCCUUCACAAGUGGGAGGCCAAACCACAGAUAACUGGUGUCGCAAGCCAAAACCAAUCGUCGACUGCAAAUAUCUACGAGACAAUACCAGAGGAAAGCAAACCAAAACCAGGGACUUCGUGGAGGGGAGACAAAAAUGUCGACAUCUGGUUACGCAGUAUGGCUUCUUCCUACAAGACAGGAGUACUUGGGAAUCACACUCAAGAAAACCAGUAUCUGGAACCUCUUGAAGAGGAAACAGAAAUUCCAAAAUCUAGUAACGCAAAUGAAACCCAGUCGUCGACUAGUUUUUCCUACGAGACAAUACCAGAAGGAAGAAAUCACAUUCCAGAAAACCAGUAUCAGGUACUUCUUAAAGAGGAAACAGAAGUUCCAAAAUCUAGUAACGCAAAUGAAACCCAAUCGUCGACUACUUUUUCCUACGAGACAAUACCAGAAGGAAGAAAUCACAUUCCAGAAAACCAGUAUCAGGGACUUCUUAAAGAGGAAACAGAAAUUCCAAAAUCUAGUAAAGAAAACCAAACCCAAUCGUCGACUACUUUUUCCUACGAGACGUUACCAGAAGAAAGAAAUCACAUUCCAGAAAACCAGUAUCUGGAACUUCUAGAAGAGGAAACAGAAAUUCCAAUAUCUAGUAAAGAUAACCAAACCCAAUCGUCGACUACUUUUUCCUACGAGACAAUAUCAGAAGGAAGAAAUCGCAUUCCAGAAAACCAGUAUCAGGGACUUCUUAAAGAGGAGACAGACAUUCCGAUAUCUAGUGACGCAAGCCAAACCCAAUCGUCGACUACUUUUUCCUACGAGACGUUACCAGAAGAAGGAAAUCGUAUUCCAGAAAACCAGUAUCAGGGACUUCGUGGAGAAGAGAGAGAUAUUCCGAUAUCUAGUGACACAAGCCAAAACCAAUCGUCGACAACUAAUACCUAUGAGACGUUACCAGAAGAAAGAAAGCGCACUCCAGAAAAUUAGUACAAAGUUCUUCAUAGAGGGGAGACGGAAAUGACGGUUACUCGACAGCAUUGAUGCCUAUUCAGAAAGCUGUGCAAAUUUUGAACUAGGUUAUAAUAACUAACUGGUUUUGCGUCAAAUCAAAAAUAGUCUUAUAUCUUUAGCAGAAACUAAAUUUUUGUGAAUUCAGAGGUAUACAUAUAUUAAUUUAAUGAAACUGGUAACGAGAGCAGUCAUAAAAAUAUUAUCCUGAAAAUUGAAAACAUGCAUUGU